AAUAAUCUUUGUCGGAGAUAAGGGCUCGGUUUGUCUUGGAUCGCGCGCCGAUAGUCCCGGAAAUGAGCGUCAAAGGCGCGACGAGUGCAUUCAUUGACUCGAAGGGCUGCAAUCAGUGAGUCGCGUCCUACAUCUUACAUGUGAGUGGGCUCGAAGAAGAGCUGGCUGGUGCUGAUCGGCGUUUGGGAUUCGUCAUGUCGAUAUUCGCCUGUUGCUUCCGAAGACACAACAGACAGAGGGACGAGAGCAUGAACGUGCUGCACGAGCCGCCCGAGAUUUCGUGGGAGAAUACCUUGGGUGCGCCAACGGGCGUGCCCUUCGACGACGAGACCAAGGAGCUGCUGCGUGCCUGCUUGGGCGCCAAAAUGCCCAGCCCCGCCACCCUCACCGAGAUCAUCAAGCGCAGCGAGAACUUUCCCGUCCCCUUUCCCGUUGGUAACGCUCGCAGCUUCGCCCUGCGCGAUCGGGGCGUCGGCAUGGACACCCUCGAGUUCAACGCAAACUCGGUUUACCCUCUGAUCCACGAGGCCACGCUGCCCUUGAUCGCCAAUUGGCUCAAGUACAAGCGCAUCCACGGCAGUUCGGUCGAGCGAGGGCUGUACAAGGACAUGGGACUCGUGAGGUUCGUCCAGCGUCUCCUCGACAAGCGAGCCCUGCAGUUUUACGGGGCCGAUGAUCGCUUCUUUCUCGUUAGCGGCAAAUCCGGCUCCGGUGGGUGGGAACAUGUUGGCACCGAGCGCGAGAAGGAGCCACUGGUCUUGGCAUCGUGUCUGUCCUACGACGAAAUCAAACUGUCGGCCACGAUUAUAAUCACAUCCCACACGGAGUUCAUAAAUGACGGUUCGAGGGAAAACAAGGGUGUUGUCACUGACGAUCCCGACUCGAUACAGCCACGUGGUGUAAUUAUGGGCGUCGUCGGAACGAGAUUCGAGAAGCCACGCGUCAUGGAGUACCAGGACAUACUCAUCUCGCACAUGCAAAACAACGCCGACAAUGGCUACGGUCCAGCGGAGGAAGGCGCGAGCGAGGAAAAGCGCGGUCUUCGUUGCGUGUGGGCGCGCUUCUACGGGGAAGAGUACCAUCCUGUGUACGACGAGGCCAUGCAGCGAGCAAAGUCCAAGGACAACAGGCGCUACGUACCGCUGACCGGCCAGAUAAUAUUCGACGCCGAGAACUACAUGAAGAGAAUCUUGAUGUCCGUCGAGAUGAUACUGCUCGACGCCAACACGCGAGCCGAGAAGCAAAACACCACAGCCUUCCUCCACGUGGUUGGAUUUGGACUGGGGAUCUGGAAGAUCAUCUACGACCAGGAAAUUUACUUUCUGAAAACCUUCGAGAUAGCCCUACGUAAGAUGAACAAAAAACUGAGGUACGUGUCGGACAUCAUGUUUUCGUACUUUCGCCAGCAAAAGUGCGGCGGCGCCGGCAACGGGGAUUACCUCGGAGACAUCAGGAUACACUUUGCUCUGCGCGAGCCCCAAACGAAGCUGUUUCGCUCCAGCGACGCCAAUAAACUCCUUGUCGUCACUUACGCAGCCGAUGGGAACUCCUACCCUGGUAACGAGUUCUGGGGCAACUACUUGACCGCGAGCGCCGAUCCCGCGGCCGCGUGCAGCUCCCAGAUAGCCGAGCUGCACAACCCACGUAUCAAUCCACGAGCUUGCGGUGCCAGCUUGCACGUGGCGUCCCCGGAGCACGGGCUCGUGCACAUAGGCGACUACGCCAAGCUUCACCUCACGUAGGGUCGAAUAAGCCCUGUGGGCACGGAUGAGCAAUCACAGCAACAGCCGGGAGCGAGACGGCCCUCGCGCUCACCACGCAGCCAACG